CAUCACCAUCGUGACGUCAGUGCGCGCGACGCUGACGUCACGAGGCAAAAUGGUGGACCCCAUGGAGGACCUGAAGCUGCGGGAGAUGGAGGCGGAGAUGGCGCUCUUUGAGCAGGAGGUGCUGGGCGGGACGCUGACCUCCCAAGGUCGCCCAGUCAUCUCCUCCAACACGUAUCAGCAGGUGCAACAGAGCUUGCUGCAAGCCCGGGCUGCAGCAGGGCCCAUUCCGAUGCCGCCUCUGCCACCGUUUGUGCCCCCCAUGAGGCCCCCGCCAAGGCCUGCGUUUGUCCCCCAUGUCCUACUCAGGCCAGCCGCGACGGCAUUGUCGCAACGGCCUCCGCUAUUGAGGCCUCCGCUGCGCCCGCCUCCGUUCAUGCCCAUGCCGCCCCGGCCACACGGCAUGAUGGGGCCGCCCCCACCCAUCGGCCCCAUGGGCUUACCUCCGGGCCCCCCAAUGGGAGGGAUGAUGUCCUCGGCUGUAGUGGAGGCACCCCCCAAACUCAACCCCUCCGUCAUCCAGGCGGGCCCCACGGUCUACCUCGCGGCGCCUGUUAAGGCCACAGCGCCGGAGGAGGGCCACUCUCACACGGCGCAAGAGAAGAAGGAGAGCGGUGUCGCCGCCACCAAGGUGGACGACUCCACCAUCAUUGGCCCCGUCAUGCCUCCCCCCGCACCCCACGAGCCACCCAUAGCGGAGACGCACCAUCACCACCACCACCACCACCACCCACCCACGGAGCGCGGGGGGGGCGGCGGUGGGGGUGGCGGGGGCGGCGGUGGUGGCGGCGGCGGCGGCGGUGGCGGUGGCGGCGGCGGCAGCGGUGGCAGCGGCGGCAGAGCUGGGACGAGCGAACGAGGAGCGGGAAAGAACUCGGAGUCGUCUGAAGAGAAGCCGGCGAAGAAGAACCGUCCCGAGAAAGUGAAGAAAAUCCUGCGAUCCGCGGCCGGCAUCACCUGGGAGGAUGCCAGCCUCAUGGACUGGGACCCCAAUGAUUUCCGCAUCUUCUGUGGAGACCUGGGUAACGAAGUGAGCGACGACACACUGGCGCGCGCAUUCUCGCGCUACCCCACGUUCCUGCGUGCCAAGGUGGUGCGCGACAAGCGCUCGGGCAAGACCAAGGGCUACGGCUUCGUCAGCUUCAAAGACCCCAACGACUUCGUGCGCGCCAUGCGGGAGAUGAAUGGGAAGUACGUGGGCAGUCGGCCGAUCAAGCUGCGCAAGAGCACGUGGCGUGACCGCAACAUGGACAUCGUGCGCAAGAAGAACAAAGAGAAGAAGAAACUGGGCCUCAAGUGACCCUGCGCGACCUCCUUCGACCUCCCUCGACCUCCCGUGUGACAUCCCGUGUGACCUCCCCUGUGACCUCCACCAACCUGUGACACCGCCAAAACAAUAGCAGAUUCAACACUUGGAAGUUAUCCAGCAUCUAAAUGCAAUUGCACCAAUCACGACUACUAGCCCCAGGGGCAGCCAGGGCAGAUACAGCACCAGCGAGUCCCAGGGCAGCCCUGGGGAGUCGGUGCAAUAAAACCCCCCCACAGCUGGGCCUGACCAAGCCUCAAGUACAAUGAUGGUGCUGUGAUUGAGUACCCCUGUGAGAGAGCGGCGGUACGAAUGAGCGGCCCUGUGAGUGAGCGGCGCUGAGCGCGAGUGGUUCUGAGUGAGCGACACGAUGGUUUUGCUCCCCGAUGAGACCAGGUGGAGGAUACUGCAUCUGGUGCGAUCGACGUCGCUACCAUGAACUCUGAGCCCGUGCACCGGCUCCGAGGAGGAGGGGGACCUCCUUGCUGUCACCGUUUUGUUUUUGGCGAGGGAACCGGUUUCGAUGCUUGAAUGUUUUGGUUGUGAAAGAAGGUCGCCACCUCCCGACGUACAACUACAUCGGGAUGUAUCCUGGGAAGUUCAUGAAGAAUUUCUCGCAGGACCAGCAGAGCAGAGCUACUUGUAAAUACUGUACGCCGUCUUGAGUAGCGUAGUAGUAUUCUUUUUUUCUAAUUACGCAAAUGACAAUUUCGCGACUUUUAAUAAACACUGUGUAUUACA